AUGGAUUUCGACGAAAAUCUAGAAACUUCAUAUGUUCAUCGUGUGGACACUGAAUUUGAGUUCAAAUUGGGAAUGACUUUUGCAUUUACCAAAGGGUUCGGAAUACGAAAAGUGUUCGACACCACGUAUCGUACAAACAAGUACAACAUGGUAUGUGCGCCUUUUGUGGGGGUCAAUAACCAUUGGAGAAAUGUCUUAUUUGGUUGUGCUUUCAUGUUAGAUGAGACAAUAGCCUCAUUUAUUUGGGUGUUCGAGACGUUUAUGGAGGCAAUGGGGAACAAAGCACCUAAAACAAUAUUUACUGAUCAAGAUAGUGCAAUGGCCAAUGCUAUUGGCAAGGUUUUUCCGAACAGCAUCCAUCGGUUAUGUGUUUGGCAUAUCUCUAAAAAUGCCACUCAACAUAUUUCACAUCUGCUUUCAGAUUCUCAAUUUAAGGCGAAGUUCAAUAAAAUGUUGUAUGAAGUUGAAAUGGAGAAUGAAAUGGAGCAGCUUUGGAGAGAUCUAUGUGAAGGAUGGAAUGUUACUGAGAAUAAGUGGUUGAGUAAUCUGUACUUGAUACGUCAUAAAUGGUGCCCCGCAUUCAACCGUGAUAAAUUUUCGGCCGGUAUAAGAUCUAGGCAGAGGAGUGAAAGCACAAAUAAUGUUUUUAAACAUUUGUCUUGUAAGACAAUGACAUUAACUGAGUUUGUUAGUCACUAUGAGAAGCAAGCAGAAAAGAUGCGUGAGAAUCAAGCUGUCGAUGAUUUCGAAUGUGCUCGAGGGGUGCCAAGAAUUGGUGUGGAUUGUGGUAUUUUGAGGCAAGCAGCACAAGUGUAUACUAUUAAGAUAUUCAAGAAAUUUCAAGCCGAAUAUUUUAAAGGUUUAUCAUGGCAUGUGACAGGUUCAAAGCAUGAAGGUGGAAUUUACACAUACACCUUGAGGAGGGAAGUUGGUCAUUUGGAGCAUUAUGUGAGUUUUGAUUCAAACUAG